CCCGCAGCAGCCACAGGGGGAACCAAAGAGACAGAAGCCUUCCCAGCUGCCCGGACCACAGACGCCAACACCCCCCGCCCCCCACCACACGCCCGCCCGCCCGCGCCCCGCACGCUAGCCCACGACCGAGCGGCGGCGGCAGUAGCAGGCUGCAGGCGGCGGCGACUCGCACCGGCGUGCUCCUGGCAGCGCUCGCCAUCCCAGGUGACUUGGACUCGCCAGAUCGGCUGGCCCCGGUCCCCCGCCCCAGCUCCCGCUCGCGCCCCGGGCCCAGGUUCCGGGUCCCACCCGCCCUCCUGCCCUCUCCCGCCUUUCCGCUCCCCAGCUCGCGGGAAGGGAGGUCGCGGCAGCGGCCUGGCGGCACCGGCGACCGUGGCGACAGCGGCAACAGUGGCGGCGGCGGUGGCGGCAGCGGCGGCGGCGGCGGCGGAGGCUGCGGCGGCGACCGUGGCAGAGGCGGUGGCAGAGGCCUCCGUGGCAGAGGCGGAAGCAGAGGUGGAGGCUGAAGUGGAGGCCGAGGCCUCAGUAGAGGAGGCAGUGGCGGAGGCCAACCUGCGGGAGGCAGCGGCCUCCCUGGCAGGGGAGGAGGCGGAGGCCGCCCUGGCGGCCGCGGCCGUGGCCGAGGCCAGCGCGGCCGAAGCAGCCUCUGCAGCAGAGGUUGCGGCGCCCCCCUUGGGGGAGGCGGAUGCGGAUGCGGAUGCAGAGGUGGCGGCGGCUGCAGAUGCAGAUGCGGAGACGGGCGGGGGCUCCGAGGGGAACCCAGACUUUCCUAUGGCCUCACUGUACGUGGGCGACCUGCACCCUGAGGUGACAGAGGCAAUGCUGUACGAGAAGUUCAGCCCGGCCGGGCCCAUCCUCUCCAUCCGCAUCUGCAGGGACAAGAUUACCCGCCGCUCGCUGGGCUACGCGUAUGUCAACUACCAGCAACCGGUGGACGCCAAGCGGGCCCUGGAGACCCUGAACUUCGAUGUCAUCAAGGGCAGGCCAGUGCGCAUCAUGUGGUCGCAGCGGGACCCAUCGCUCCGCAAGAGCGGGGUGGGCAACGUCUUCAUCAAGAACCUGGGCAAGACCAUUGACAACAAGGCGCUAUACAACAUCUUCUCGGCGUUUGGCAACAUCCUCUCCUGCAAAGUGGCCUGCGACGAAAAGGGGCCCAAGGGCUACGGGUUUGUGCACUUCCAGAAACAGGAAUCAGCCGAGCGGGCCAUCGAUGCGAUGAAUGGAAUGUUCCUGAACUACCGCAAAAUUUUCGUUGGGAGAUUCAAAUCGCACAAAGAACGAGAGGCGGAAAGGGGAGCCUGGGCCAGGCAGUCCACCAGUGCUGACGUCAAGGAUUUCGAGGAAGACACUGACGAGGAGGCCACCUUGCGAUGAAGACAUCUCGGGAGCGGGCCAGCCAGCAGAGCCAACCGUUGGCUCCCACCCGGUUUACAACCCUCCCUUUGACCCCUUAACCCACCAGCAGUGUAUUGUAUUGGGAGUGCAGGUCUCUCUCUCUUUCUCCCCACCCCUUUCCCCUCUCUCUCUCUCCCUCUCUCUCUCUCUUCCAGUCUCCACCCCUCCCUCUUUCUCUUCUCCCCUUCCCUCCUCUCGCUUCCCCUCUUCUCCCCUCCUCUCCCCUUCCCUCCCCUCCCUUCCUCUCCCUUCCCACCACUCCCCUCCCUUCUUCCCCUCUCCUGUCUUCUCCCUUCCCUUGCCUUUACCCCAACCCAUCAAGGGCGUUGUGAAUAACCUUGCUAAUCUGUGCCACUUGAUAGGUUACAGGCUGCCUCUUCUCCUUGUGGUCUGGUUUAAAAAGCACUUUCAUUCUCCCUUUGUUUACUACACAGGUGAUAACAAUUUCAUGGUAGAAAGCUCAAUAAGGAGAAGGAAGUCAGAUGAGGCAAAACCAAGAAAGCAGUUACUCCCUGUGAUCCUACCACCCAGAGACAACCACUUUUACCUUUUUGGUGUGCUGCUUUUCCGGGCUCUCCUCUCUGCCCUUCCUCACCACCACCCCACCUUCCCUUUUAACACACUGUUAUAGAAUGGUUCCUUAUGUGCUGUUUCUUAACCUGCUUUCAGAAACUAAAACCAAACAAAAAUCAACCCACUGAACUUGUUUCCAUGUUAUUCAACAGGCUUCCAAAACGUCAUUUUCAGUGCCUGCCGAGUGUAUCCAUGCACCUUAACAUUUCUGUAAUCAUUCCCGCACUGUGGGACAUUCAGGUGGUGCCUAGUUUUCUUCCU